CAGUCAAAGUCUUGUCUUCAAGUCACCUAGUUUAUACAGUCUAUGCUCAACUUCAGCUCCUCAACUUCAGUUCCACUUUUAUUUACUGGUUUGGAUGACAGAGAAACUAAUUUGGGGAAAUAUACGAUACUUACAACACAUAUCCGGGUUUUAGUGACGCAAUUGCAUUGCUCUUGUCUCAUUGGUUCGCUGCUUCGCUUAAGCGUUUCCCGCGCUAGCCACUGUGUAAAACAACACACUGAACUGUCAGCCCGUGGUGCUAGCAAGCUAGCGUGUUAUUCACAAUUUACCAUAUUUUUACAACGGUACCGUAGCGGCUACUAUAUUGACAAGUAAUGCCGUCCUCAGAUUAUGACCCGGCCAGUCUGCCGGACUUAUUACCACUGUACUACCGACGGUUGUUCCCCUUCUCCCAGUAUUACCGCUGGCUAAACUAUGGAGGAGUGCAGAAGAACUACUUUCAGAAUCGAGAGUUCUCCUUCACACUGAAAGAUGACAUCUAUGUCCGCUACCAGUCUUUCAGCACACUGAACGAGCUGGAGAAGGAAAUGCAGAAGAUGAACCCUUACAAGAUUGACAUCGGAGCAAUAUACAGUCACAGGCCCAAUCAACACAACACAGUGAAGUCAGGAACCUUCCAGGCCCUGGAGAAGGAGCUGGUGUUUGAUAUCGAUAUGACCGAUUAUGAUGAUGUCAGAAGCUGUUGCAGUGCUGCAGACAUUUGCUCCAAGUGUUGGACCCUGAUGACCAUUGCUAUUCGCAUCCUGGAUAGAGCUCUUCGAGACGACUUCGGUUUCCAGCACCUGUUGUGGGUUUAUUCUGGCAGAAGAGGAGUGCAUUGCUGGGUGUGUGAUGAAGCUGCCAGGAAGCUCUCUGUGGCAGCACGCUCUGCCGUUGCAGAAUACCUCAGCCUGGUUAAGGGAGGUGAGGAGACUGUGAAGAAAGUUGUGCUGACAGAUCCAAUUCAUCCGUUUAUCAGAGAGUCUUUGACAGUGGUGGAGCGAUACUUUCCCCAGUAUGCACUACAGGAACAGGGCAUACUCAGCCGCAAGGAGUCUGUGGACAAGGUGCUUGCGCUUGUGCCUGAAGAUGUAAGAAAAGAGUUACAGCAAGGCUUCCAGAACGAAAAGAAACCUGAGGCCCGUUGGAAAUUUAUCAGGGAACAAGCCAGUCGGAAACAGGGCACUGCCAAAAAGGGCCAACACUUUGAGAAAGAAAUCAUGCUGCAGUAUUGUUACCCACGGCUUGAUGUGAAUGUCAGUAAAGGUGUGAACCACUUGCUGAAGAGCCCCUUCAGUGUCCAUCCCAAAACAGGACGCAUUUCUGUUCCCAUGGACCUCAAAGAAUUAGAUACGUUUGAUCCUUUUGCUGUGCCAACAAUCAGCCUGAUCUGUGAGGAGCUGGAUCGACCCAGGCCAGGCGAAGAGGAAGAGAAGUCAGAGGACGCCAAGGACAAGGAAAAUGAGAAGGAUGCAGCAGAGAGACGAAAGAUAAGAGACUACAAAAGAACAAGCCUGGGGAAGUAUGUGAAAUACUUGGAUCAGUUUGUGGACGGAUUGGCUCGUUCAUGGAAAGGAGACCUUCUCAGAAAAAGUGAUCUUCAGAAGGAAUUCUGAAGUGGAACAACAAUCAGAAAGUGAUACAGAAGAGACUCUGUUGAUCCCUCCCUUUCACUUAAUGUGGGUGACGAUGCAAACUGUGCUGUUUUGGGGGCUUCAUGUUGUGGUGGAACGUUGAAAUUUUUCUGAUGGAACAAUAAUUUCCUGAAAAUCUAUAAAUAAAUCAUCUCUGUACUGCAGGAUUUUCCCAGUAUAAUGCUAAUUUUAUGUAUUCCCAGCGUGUUGCCUACAUUUUCUUUUUGUACAGUCAUUUAUGGAAAUAAACUUGGUAUAAAAUCGUGCAUUCCAGUUGCUACAUGAUCAUCCUUUGUGUUCUUUUUAAUUUUGUAAGAUUUCAUUUGACAUUUUAAGUAAAUGAGAAAUUGUAUACCAGUACUCCUACAUGCUUACAUUUUGAAUAAAGAAGUCUUGUUUUACCAAGUUUUUUAAAAUGAGCCUACAUUUUCCACAGAUGAAUAUAAUGUCUAGUUUUAGCAUUUUGUAAUGCAACAGCUCAAGUUGUGUAAUUCUCCGCUAGAUGUGGGGUUAAAUUGCUCCACCAGGUUUUGUUGAGGCACCUGCUGUAUACAGUAUUGUGGAAACCAUAACUAAACCAUCAGUCCUAAACAUAGUACAUAUUAUGUAACAUAUGCCCCUGCAAGUGAUCUAUCAUCAUAUAUUAUUGGGCUAUUAUUACAGAUAGAUUCAUGUGUAAGCAGUAUUUUGCUAGUUGACAAGGGCUUGCCAAUUUUAACUACUUCCUACACUGCUGAGUGGUUUAAUCUAUAUCAAUUCCUCAUAUUCAAUAACAUGUUUGUAUACAUUGAAUGUAAAAUAGUACAAU